AUGGGAAAGACAAUGAACGUUUUAUCGACAACGCCGGUGAUCGUGACAUACAAAAUGAUUCGAACAGCUCCUCGCGCUUUAGAAUACCGCAAAUUUAUACGAGCCUCAUGGAAAACAGCAGUAGAACAACACAGUGAUGGUCCUGUUAUUUUUGUAACGGGUCGAGACGUAACUGAAUUGUCUUCAGAGAGUAGAGAACAUGGCGACAUUCUUCAAAUGGAUUUUGAAGACUCCUACAGGAAUUUAUCUACUAAAAUGAUGGGAAUUUAUAGUUAUUUUACUGCUCACGCAAAUAUUCAACAAAUUGUGGUUAUUAACGAUGAUACAAUUGUGAAUGCUACAGCAUUGAAUGUUUUAUUUCAUCAGAUUGAACACUGGCAAAAUACUUCAACUUCCCCUGAUGAUAAACGCUAUUUGAUUGGAAAAGUUUCUCGUGGAUAUCCUCGGCUGGUUUUUCCAUGGUUGCCUUGGUAUGUCUCUGCUGAACAAUAUCCUCACAAAUGCUAUCCACCGUUUGUUCAAGGUUCAAGUUUUAUCAUUUCCCGCGAUGCUGCUGUAGACAUUCUUCAACGUAUUUGUGAUUUUCCAUGGAGGCAUGUUCACUUGGAUGAUGUUCAAAUGGGAAUUGUUACAAAAUGUUUGGGAAUAAAUAAUUUUCAUCGAGAAGGGUUUUUUAAAUUCUAUCUGAAAUAA